AUGCCCAUGGGAUCUGCGUGGUGGCACCCUGCUUUGCUAUUGCUUCUCUCCUCUGCACCCCUGUGGGCAGCUGAGAUUUCCUGCCGGAAUGAAGAUGGGGAGGCAGUUGAUUGGUUUGCUCUUUACAAGUUGCCAAAACACGUCAAAGGAGAGAUUCCCAUGCUGGGGCUGGAAUAUCUCUACAUGGACACCUUGGCUCCACAGUGGCAGCUCAGUAAAUACCUUGUCAACAUGACAGAGGGUGCUCUGGGACAAACACUGAAGCAGCUGUAUGAGACGUAUGAAUCUGAGAAGAACAAUAUUGUAUAUGCAAUAUACAACGAUGAGGUCCCUGAAUCAAACUCCUAUGGGUGGAAAAGAGGACAUACCAAAGGGUUUCUGCUCUUGGACAAAUCACAAGGCUUCUGGGUGAUUCACAGUGUGCCCCUGUUCCCUCCCAUCCCUGAGGAUGGUUAUGGGUAUCCAGCUACUGGGGAGUCCUUUGGACAGACAGCCAUCUGUAUAACUUUCAAAUAUGACCAGUUCACAGAAAUAGACCGACAGAUGCUGAGUUAUAAUCCAGGAAUCUACAGCUGUUCCAUUCCUAAAAUCUUCCAAGAUGAUCUCCCAAAUCUGCAGAAGCUCUGUGCAGGGUCCAGGCUGCCCUCAGCCCCCUUGCACCACCUCUCCAAGCUCCAGUCAGCUCAUGGGGAAACCUUUCUCCACUUUGCAAAGUCACGCUUGUUCAUAGAUGAUAUCUACGUGGCCUGGAUGGCUCAGGAACUGAAGACAGAUCUGUUGGCUGAAUCCUGGCAGCAUUCUGGCCAAAAACUUCCCUCAAAUUGCUCUCUUGACUACCAUGUCUACAACAUAGACCUAAUAGGGAUGCCAGUGAAUGCCACCUUUUAUUCCAUUAACGAUCAUUCCAAAUGGGCUGUUUCAAGUAAAUACGAAGAUCAGUGGGCCUGUAUCGGAGACUUGAACCGUGCAGCCGAACAAGCGUGGAGAAGUGGUGGGUUCAUCUGUACACAGAAUGAACACAUCUACAAAGCCUUCAGACAUUUGAUAAUCCACUAUGAAACCUGCACGGAUGCUUCCACAUUGAUAUAA